CAACUAAGUUUAUUCAACGCACAUUUAUUGUGGAGUUCCGAUACGUGCUUAGUAUAUAGGAAGCUCUGCCCGCAGGUCAUAUGACUUUAAUUUCCUGGUGCUUUUGCAGUAGAUGCGCGGGAGCUGCACAUUUGGAAGGUAGCCGAAGUCGAACGCUGUUGUUUCCGGGUGAAGUGUUUUGGCUACCAAGUGAUCAUGUUUUGGUGCGCGUUUGUGGUCUUCUUCUUGGCUCUUGGAAAUGAACUCCACCUGUCACAUGCGACUGAGGUGUCAGUCAACAACACGGAGAAUAAAUUAUGCCUCUACGCCAAUUUGAUGGUCAACUUCUCCGUCACCUAUGAAGUUGGUGUAAAUAAGAGUGAAACGGUUCUUUUUGUACUGCCUGAAAAUGUGACAACAAAAGGGAGCAUAUGCAAUAACACAACAUCAACAUUGAAACUUGGUUUUGGAGACGGGCACAGCUGGGCGGUUGAAUUCACUAAGGACAACAAAACGUACCAAGUAGAUUCCAUUGUCUUCACCUACAACCUCAAUGACUCAAGCGUCUUCACCAACUCCACGUCAAACGAAACCAAGUCUGUGACGGCAAAGCCAAGGAUCACCAACGUGGGUGUGGAUACCUACUACUCCUGCAAGAGCGAAAAUGUCCAGAGAGUAGAGUCUGUCACUCAGACACUGUAUGAUGUUACUUUACAGGCGUUUGUCACAAACGGCAGCAAAAGUGACACCGACACUGUAUGCACUGCUGACCUGACCUCCACCACUGUGGCGCCCAUCACGACCGUUACCACCACAGCUGCCCCCACUUCUACCCCUACCCCUACACUGCCCACACCCACCACUGGAAAUUACAGCAUCGCACCCGACUUCAACAGUACAGCCUGCUUAAUGGCCACCUUCGGCCUGCGGAUCGGCUUCAAGCAAGGAGACAAAGUGGAGACCAUCAACCUGGUGCCCAGUGCGACUGAAGUGGGCGGGGCUUGUGGGGUCAACAGCAGCAUCCUCAUACUGACAUCGGACACAAUCGACAUCAUGUUCACUUUCAGCAACGACAGCAAGAAGUUCCACCUGCACGCUUUGAACGUCACAGUGAAACCAGCCACUGGGGUGGCUGUUGUUGCAGCCAAUACCAACAUGUCCAUUUGGGUGGCGGCAGUAGGCAGCUCCUACAUGUGCAACAAGGAGCAGACAUUAACUGUCACCGAAACGCUCACUCUCUACACGUUCAAGCUUCGCGUCCAGCCCUUUGGGGUUGAAAAAGGGGAAUUUGCUACAGCCCAUGAAUGUUCACUGGAUGACACCAGCAUCUUAAUCCCAGUCAUUGUUGGUGCCGCCCUGGCCAUCUUGAUUCUCAUUGUAGUGAUUGCUUACGUGAUUGGUCGAAGGAAGACCUAUGUGGGAUAUCAAACCCUCUAAAAAGCUAUCUGUGAUCAUGAAUCCAGAACACAGUUUGAUCCUUAUGUGUCAGGGGGGUCCCAAAACCUGAUCCUGGAUUGGCUGUGUAAUCUUUCCAUUAAUGACUGACUCACAAACUGGAAUAGUCAGACUAUAGUCUCUUUACUUCAGCCACUCUUAAGAGCUGCUUUUAGACUUGAGAUUAGGCUAGCUUCGCUUAGGUUUAGACUUGAGUAGCUUUGUUCAGGUAAUUCUGAAUACUCAAAAUGCUCUCCAGGACCAGGUUGGACCACCCAUGUUCUUUGUGUAAUCUCCCUUUUUGUUUGAUUUGCUUUGUCUGUGUGUGUCCCCCCCCCCCCUUGUUGAAAGGAGCAGUGCAGGAUUCUCUGCCUCUGUACAGUAUAGAAGGCCUUAUUUAUUGCAGCAUGUCUGAAAGUGAUUGUUUCUUAUGACACUCCAUUUCCUUGCAUCACUUUCCAGAUUCUUGUUCAGUGUAGGCUCUCUUUUGAUCAAGUAGCACAUUUUAUAGAAACUCCAGUCAGAGUACUUGUGCUACUGUUUGCACAUUUUCACGAGGAGUUGUGACAAUUGGGUGUUGUGCCCUUGUCACUGUGAAUCAGGCUCCCUCCCCCUCUCCCUCACUUUUUUUUGUUUCAUAUGUUUUUAUUUCAUGUCUGUGUACAUUUUAGUUGAACCUUUCUUUUGUGGUUUCAUUCAUCCUCACAAUUCAUUGUAGCAGCGCAACAAUUUGACAACUUGAACAUUUUAGAAUUUGCCUCGCAGCUCAAUGAGACGACAUUGAGUAGCUUUGUUGAUUUGUCUCAGGAACUCCUUACUAACUAACCAGGAUAAAGGUCUGCUGCUUCGCUCUCCUCUCUCACCUUACUGAUAAUCCACUAGUCACAGUAGUUUGAAUCUGGAAAGGGAAGACUUUAGGACUGAAAUCUGUGUGGCCACAUUAAAAAACAGUGAUAUUAUUGGCAUGUAGUGCCUUCUCCAAGUUGACGUUACCAAACAAGGGAUCUGUCCCUAUAUGUUCACACACGACACUAGUUGACAUAAUGUUUGCCACUAAUGUCUGUCUCAGAAUUAUGUGUUAACCCUUUGACUGACUGGCUGUGAAAUCUACCUUGAAGUGUUACUUUAACUCUGAAAAGUCCAUGAGGAUGUAAAAGAUGAACCUGAAAGGAGAAAUGAAACCAAACCCCCUCUCCCGUCAUGACAUGUUGGCAUUAGGUUUCAAAAAGGGAUAGCUGUAGUUGACUUAUUUGCUGCCAUUCAAAUGUGUUCUUCGCAGAUGGUGAUUAUUUUGUACAUAUAAAUGCAUUAAAUCGUUCAGUAAGUUUGACAUAAGUUCAAAAUGCAUGCUGCAAUAUUACACCUGUGUAUAGUAUAGUCUUGGCUCCAGUGUUGCGCCAGAAAGCUGCCAGUUAGUAAGGGGAACUUGUAAACAGAGCUGGGGUCAAUUCCAUUUUUACAAUCAAGUCAAUUUCAGUAAAUUGAUUUCUAAUUCCAAUUGUCCUCUCUGCUCUUCAGUAAGGAACAUUUGAAUGUGAAUUUUUGUUUACAUCCUGAAUUGACUAGAAUUAAAUGGAAUUAACCCCAACCCUGCCCAGUUAACCCCUUGUAAGUUGUACCUAUCGACAGAGAGUGGUAGUAAAGGUCAUUGUCCACAGGAUGUGUAUAUUUUUGUACUGUUAGGAUUGGAUACAAUGGGUAUUAUGUUGUAGUGCUAUGGUCAGCAUGAGGCAUGAAUACAUUUGAUUGCUGCCUUUAGUUGCUUUUGAUUCAACCAAUUUUUCUUCAGAUUAUGUGAAUGAUUCAUUUAUUCCUUAUCAAAUAUUAUUUUUGAUUCUUGCAUUACAGUCCGGUGUGAUGUGUCUUGGAAAAUUGACUGCUUUUCUACAAAUCCUGUUUGUUACUAUGAUUCUAAAAUUGGCUUCUCAGACCCUGUAUAAAGUCAAUUCUAAAAUACCCUUUGGAAUCUUAACAUUUACUACUCCCAAUUUUCAUUCACUUGACAAUGUUAUGAUUGUGACAAAUUUGUGCCUUACUCAAUGAAGCUUGUCCAUUUGAGAUUCAUUCAGGUUUGAUAUCUUUACAUUUAAUGGAUUCUCCACUAGUCUAAAUGUCUCCUAUUUUAUGAAUUCAAAAUGCAUCAUGUUAAGAAAAGGGAAAUCCCUAUUUCAGGAGAGGCCCAUCCUCCAAAUGUAAGAUGCAUUAUAUUUUCUUCUGUGUAACUCCAAACAAAUGUUCAUUUUUGAAUUCCUUUUCAAUAGGCUUUUAGCUGCAAUAAAUGGGAAUGGAAAUUGUCCCCCAAAACAA